AAAAGCAACUUGACUUAAUGGGAGAGGCGCAAGGACAGUUAAAUUUAACUAAGAGGCGCGCCAAUAACCGUUAGGAAAAACCCCCACUACUUUAACAACCUCACUUCACUCAAAACCUGAGCACUUAUAGGAGCAGUCCGCCACCCAAAGAACCCCCCUAUCCUCCUUUCCCUUCCACUUCCCAAGUUCUUCUCCUAGACCAAAAACCAUAGCACUUAGCUCUCUUCUCCUGAGGAGGACGCGCCCAUGGUCAUGGAAAACCUCGCAGCUUCUUCUCGGACCGAAGCUUUUCCGGUCGGGCUUCGAGUUCUGGUAGUCGAUGACGAUCCCACCUGGUUAAAAAUUCUAGAAAAGAUGCUCCGAAAGUGCUCCUAUGAAGUUACUACAUGUGGCUUAGCAAGAGUUGCUUUGGAGAUGCUUCGUGAAAGAAAAGAUCGUUUUGACAUUGUAAUUAGUGAUGUCAAUAUGCCUGACAUGGAUGGUUUCAAGCUUCUCGAACAUGUUGGGCUAGAGAUGGAUUUACCAGUCAUCAUGAUGUCCAUCGAUGGGGAAACAAGUAGGGUAAUGAAAGGUGUUCAACAUGGUGCCUGUGAUUACCUUCUUAAGCCUGUGAGAAUGAAGGAGCUAAAAAAUAUAUGGCAACAUGUUUAUAGAAAGAAAAUGCACGAAGUGAAAGAGAUUGAAGGUCAUGAUAUCAAUGAGGAUCUUCAAAUAAGAAAUGGACCUGAGGAUUUUGAAGACAGGCUUGUAUUGAAUGGAACAGAUAUGAACUCUGUGAGAAAAAGGAAAGAUGUGGACAGUAAAGAACAUCCUGAUCAAGAAUUUUGUGACCCUGCAACUGUUAAGAAAGCUAGAGUGGUUUGGUCUGUGGAUCUUCAUCAGAAAUUUGUGAAUGCUGUAAACCAAAUUGGAAUUGACAAAGUUGGUCCAAAGAAAAUACUUGACUUGAUGAAUGUUCCCGGAUUAACGAGGGAAAAUGUUGCCAGCCACCUACAGAAAUAUCGUCUCUACUUGAGUAGAUUACAGAAGCAGAAUGAAGGAAGAACUUUCAGUGGAAAUAUGCAAUCUGAUUUCAGCUCCCAGGAUGUCUCAGAAAACUUCGACCUGCAUAACUCAACCCAAACGCAACAAAAUGGUGCAUCUUCAAAGUACAUCUAUACAAAUCAAAAAAUCUCAGAGCAAGGGAUCGCCCCAGAUGCCUGUGCAGAUGACUUCAAGGGAGUAGUGUCUUUGCAAGUUACAGAUCGUAAACAAGCUUUAUUAAGUGAUGUUCCUGACUCUCAGAAGGUCAGCGGUGUCUCUCAGUUAGGAGUACUGCUUUCUUUCAAAGAUAUGAUGCCAAUUGUUGACAUGAAGCCACUGAAGCCUUCCAUAUCAAGGCACCAGCCAUGGAAUGCUGGUAUUCCAGUAGUGCAAUCUAUGCAGUGUCCAAAACAUAACCAUGAACAUUGUAGCUUGUUUGAGGACUGCUCAUGUCUGCCCAAGCCUGACAAAGAACCUCAGGGUUUUGUUGAUCAUUUUCAUACCCCUACAUCACUCAUCUCAAUCACAUGCAACAGUGAGGAUGAUAUGUCUGGUCUUUCUGAAUUCAAUCCAGUUCAGACAAAUCAGAAAAGCAGCCACUCUAAAGCUAUAUCACCCAUGUCUUUUAUGACUAACCCUGUAUCUGUUCAAGUUGAUAGUGGUCUAAGCAGUACUCAAGACUUCGGAGCAACAUGCGAAGAAGAUGGAGAAACAAACAAGAAAGAAUACUACUAUGAUCAAACAUGCAGCGGGCGGAUACCUCCACCACUAGAAUUGAGCCUUAAAAAUGAGACAGAUCUGGCGUCUCUGCCUGAAGAGUUGCAGUUGUGUUCUCUUCAGGGCAUUGGUUGCUUUGAGAAUCUAGGGCUGAAUAGCAUGGAGAUAUUUCAGUACAAUGAUUCAACAUCUGCGAUAGAAGUUUACAGUAACUGGAAUGACGGCUUGGAGUUUAACUGUGAUUAUUUGUAUGACUCAGUGGAUUACCCUAUGAUAGAUGAGUGUCUUUUUGCCUAAUCACUCUUUGAAUAUCUUUCUUCAAAUCAACCUCUGCUGAAGAAGGAUACUACUGCUCAUCCAUAUGUUACCAUAUGGUUCCUCUGGUGAGGAAUUAGCGAGAUAGCAUCCGCACCUGAUCAAUGGAUUGAAAUGUAUGGUCUUACCACUUAAUUAGGGCAUGCAUGUACCGUAGGUAAAACUAUGAUAAUAUAUACUUGAUAUGUAUGGAUGUUGAGAAUUCUGCAUCUUUAACCCUUGAAAAUGACGGCGCCUUAAAUGUUAUUUUACUGCAUAGAUUGAUUGUAACAUUGCACUUCAUGAGAA